AUGGUGACAGACCCCCUCGGUGAGGAGGGGGCUGUCCCUAGCCGGCCCGGCCCUUGGGCUUGUGGUGACGGGCGCGCUGUUUCUCCCCGACCCCUUCCCGCUUCCCGCCCCCCGCCCACAGAGCAGACGUACGGGGAGGUGAACCAGCUGGGCGGCGUGUUCGUCAACGGCCGGCCGCUGCCCAACGCCAUCCGGCUCCGCAUCGUGGAGCUGGCCCAGCUCGGGAUCCGGCCGUGCGACAUCAGCCGCCAGCUGCGGGUGUCCCACGGCUGCGUGAGCAAGAUCCUGGCGCGCUACAACGAGACGGGCUCCAUCCUGCCGGGGGCCAUCGGCGGCAGCAAGCCCCGGGUCACCACCCCGACCGUGGUCAAGCACAUCCGGGACUACAAACAGGGGGACCCGGGCAUCUUCGCCUGGGAGAUCCGGGACCGGCUGCUGGCCGACGGCGUCUGCGACAAGUACAACGUCCCCUCGGUCAGCUCCAUCAGCCGGAUUCUGAGGAAUAAAAUCGGGAACCUGUCCCAGCCCCACCCGUACGAGGCCAACAAGCAGCCACCUCCGCAGCCGGCGCUGCCCUACAACCAUAUUUACCAGUACCCCUACCCCACCCCGAUGUCCCCCGCGGGGGCCAAGGUGGGCUCCCACCCCGGCGUGUCCGUCUCCGCCGGCCACGUCGGUCUCCCCCGGUCCUGGCCCUCCGCGCACUCGGUCAGCAACAUCCUCGGAAUCCGAACUUUUAUGGAGCAGACAGGGGCGCUGGCGGGAGCCGAGAGCUCGGCGUAUCCCCCCAAGGUGGAGGACUGGGCCAGCGUCAACCGACCGGGCUUUCCGGCCCCGCAGAGCGUGAACGGGAUCGACAAAGCGGCCAUGGAAGGGGACAUUAAAUACCCGCAGCCCCCACCGGGCCUCUCCACCGUGGGCAGCUUCCUCCCGGCCUGCGCCUACCCCUCUUCCAACCAGCACGGCGUGUACGGCGGGCCCGGCGGGGGUUUUUUGCCCCCCGGGCAUCCAUGGCAGGCUCCGAGCAGCCCCCUGGCCCACCACGGGCCCAGCGGGACAGUACACGGGGGUGACAUCGCCACGGCCAUGGCCUUCAAGCAUCCCGGCCGGGAAGGGCGCGGCUGCCCGUCGGGAUUGCACGGCGAAGACCUGAAGGGGCGCGGUAGGGCGAUGGAGUUGACCCGGACGCUUGGCUCUCGGAGGCCGGCCCAGCCCCCCGGACCCACGAAGACCCCUCUGGGGAGACGAAGCUGCAGCUGGGACCUGCCCUCCGGCUCGACCCCGCGGUGA